UGCCGAUAUACCCCAGAGAAGAAGAAGAAGAAGAAGAAGAAGAAGGGAAUGUUUAUUUUUCGGUGUAGCGUUUUACUCAAAUUAACAUGGAGCUUGAUGUUAAACAGCUGAAGAAAUGAGUUCCGUCGGGUUCUGUGCAAAAGAGUUUCGCUGCACUUCUUGAUAUGAAGUCUAAGAGGCUCCCGUGGCUUUGCUUGCUCAGUCUGAGUCUUUGUGUCGUGCUUUGGUUGGGUCACGUGAUCACGGGGGACGGGCCGCCGCCUCCUGAGCUGAAGAGUUCCGGGCUCAGAGGGUACCAGAGGAUCAGCUCUGGUACCACCAACCAGUUCCUGGACUUGCGUUGCAGCCACUGUGCCUUGGUGUCCAGCUCAGGUCAGAUGCUGGAAGCUGGUGCAGGAGAGGAGAUUGACAAAACUGGAUGUGUGAUUCGGAUGAACAAUGCACCCACUGGGGGGUAUGAGAAUGAUGUAGGAAGCCGCACCAGUGUCCGUGUUGUGUCCCACACCACCGUCCCCCUGUUACUAAAAAAUGAGCAUGCUUAUUUCCAGCAAUCAGCAGACACAGCAUAUGUCUUCUGGGGUCCGGAAAGGACCAUGAGGCAAGACGGGAAGGGACACAUUUUCAAUAUUCUCCUGAAAUUAGCGAGAAAAUAUCCGCAUGCGAGACUCUACGCUGUGACCAGACAGAAGAUUCAGUACUGUGAUCGCGUGUUUCAAAAUGAAACUGGGAAAAACAGAAUGAAGACGGGGGCAUUUCUCAGCACCGGAUUCUUCACUGUGAUUCUUGCUAUAGAUCUGUGUGACAGCAUCCACAUUUAUGGGAUGAUCGAUGAUGAAUACUGCAGCCAAGCCAAUCACAGCGCUGUUCCUUACCACUACUAUGAGCCGGGCAAGGUUGAUGAGUGUAGAAUGUACAAGUUCCAUGAGCGUGCACGCUACGGGGGCCACCGCUUCAUCACUGAGAAGGCCAUCUAUGCCAAAUGGGCAACUCGCCACAAGAUUGAGUUUAAGUACCCUUCAUGGAGAAACUAUCAUCUUGAGGUAGUUCCUUGAACUUUUUGGUGGCACUGUUCACAUUUGUUUGCUACUGGUUUUCUUGACGUUUGUUGUUGCCAGAGCACUUUAUAAAAAAAGCUGUGUUCAAAAAAUUUGAAAUGGUUCAGUGUAAAACAACAACAAAAAGAUGUUUCUGUGUCAAAGUCAACCAAUUUUGCUGUCAUUUAGGAAGGAAGGGAGUGGUUGCAUAUUUUGGAGUUGAAACUUUGGCAUGAAUUACAACUUUCAGCAUAAUUAAUUGCAAUCUGCAGAUUUGUGCAGAUCCCCCACUCCAAAUCAGUGCAGUAGAUAAGUGAGUAUUUACAGAGGAAUCCUUCAAAUGGUGAUGCAAGCACCAAAUUUGGCACAAAUACUCCUUAGACAUUAUUCCUUGGCAUUCGGUUCAUCCCGUAGCACCAGUUCUGCUUAAAUUGGCUGUCUAAGCAGCUCGCAUUCCACGCCCAGCUCCAAGCCAGCAAGCCAGGCUUCUUAAAGUUUGACAAGAGGUUGAGAUAGUUUCUGCCAAGGCCUCUAAGCAUUCGCUUUACCAGAUAAAACUGCGAGCGGUGAAUACCAGCUAUCCUGAGGG